GCCACUAUCAGGCUCAGCGGGGACUCCUGUCUCUGGACUGGAUGUGUCUGUCAAGUGGGUCUCACCGUCUCUCCGGUCCUCUGACGGAAGUGCGGGCAUUACUGAUAUACCUGAUGCCAUGCUCGAACCUGUGAUUUAAAAGACAACGAUGAAUGCUCUGGUUGCUCUCUGUCACUUCUGUGAGCUCCAUGGUCCUCGGACGUUGUUUUGCACUGAGGCACUGCACCCUCCAUCCCCGUCCCCUUCAUCCCAGGCAGGCGCCCCAGUGCCUGGGGACAGGGACCGCGAUGGUGACCGGGAAAGUGAAGGGCUGACCAUGAGGGCCAACAGCUCGGCCACACAGAGGGGAGAAAUGUGUGACGGAUGUCGAUCUCUUCCUGCAUCUCACCCGGGCUUUGUAAGCAUUGAUGAUGAAACAGGCAUACGCUUCCUGAGCCACCAGCAUCCCAGACAGUCACAGCUGUUCAGCGUGGUUCGCCAGGCCUGUGUACGCAGCCUCAGUUGUGAGGUAAACAGUGACGUGUGUCCUGGCCGCGAAGGGCCAAUUUUCUUUGGAGACGAGCAACACGGUUUUGUGUUCUCACACACUUUCUUCAUCAAAGACAGCCUGGCCAGGGGUUUCCAGCGCUGGUACAGUAUCGUCAUGGUAGCAAUGGACAGGAUCUACCUUAUCAACUCCUGGCCUUUUCUGUUACGCCACCUUAGACUCACUAUACAGAGCCUGCAAAGCACAGCCCUCAAGGUGUUUGACAAUGAACAAGGAGUUUGUCCCCAGCGAGCAGUGAGGAUGAACAGUGUCUUCUCACCUGCAGUUUUCCCACACCAAAGGAGUGGCAAUGCAGCCCGAUCACUAACUUCUCUUACCCAGCACCCCAACCUCUGGGCCAGUCUGCACUCCUCCUUUAGCUGGCUGCUGAAGGCCUGUGGGAGUCGUCUUACAGAGAAGCUGCUGGAGGGAGCUCCCACGGAGGACACACUGGUACUCAUAGAGAGACAGACAGAGCAAGAGGAGGAAAUGAGCUGCUGGGAAGGAGCAGAAGGCGGCGCUUCAAAGUCACAGCGGCACCAAUCAGAGAGCGAGCUGGGCCACCACUUACUGUGUGAUGAUGCGAAUUUAGAUGAAUUACCUGGUCCAAAAUUUAGGUCACUCAGGCAUUUGAGACAGGUCCUCGGGGUUGCUGAGUUUCGUCAACUCGUGUGGCACGUGCUCAUGGGAAAUCAGGUCAUAUGGAGAGGCGCUGACCCUGGGCUCAUCCAGUCAGCUUUUACAGUGCUCAAGUCUUUGCUCCCAGUUGGUUGUGUGCGUUCUGUGCCAUACAGUGCUCAGUAUGAGGAGGCCUACAAAUGCAACUUUCUGGGUCUCAGCCCAGAUGUGCCUAUUCCAACCCACGUCAGCUCCUCAGAGUUUUCAGUGCUCGUGGAUGUCACUUCGGAAAGAAGCUGUCAGAUGUCAGCCAUGGGUGAAGAUGAUAUCCCGUCACUGUAUCAGUUCACCAUCAGCAGUGCCAAUACACAGCCCACAGACAGAGGUCCCACAUUAUUGAACAAGCUUGAGGUGGCCCUGUCCAAUGAGAACUUGUCUGUGGAUGUCGUAUCUCACUGCCUGUUGUGUCUGAAGGAAGAGUGGAUGAAUAAGGUCAAAGUGCUGUUCAAGUUCUCCAAAGUGGACGGACGAGGGAGGGAGGACACCCAGAAGGUUCUAGCCCUCCUUGGUGCCACAGGACCGGGCGAGGAGGACAACGUCAGGCUGCUCAAGUUUUGGAUGACGGGACUCAGCAAAACAUACAAGAGUCAUUUAAUGACAGCUGUGCGAGGAGGGGAGAGGAGCCCCAGCCAAUGACACAAAUGGACAAAGAAAAGAGGAUGGGGGGUUAGAGAGGUGAAG